AGCGGAAGUCGUCUGAAAAUUCUGAACACUGACUGAUCAUGUAUUAGUCUGGAAUUUUUCCGAUAUUUAUUACUUGAUUGGGGUUGAAAUUUCUAUCAAAGGAGAUGUAAAUAAAUAGGUAUACUUCAGUGGCAUGCAUCUGAGCACUUGUCAAAAUGUGCACGUGCAUUUUGAAUUAUGUUGUGGAAAUAUUAUGUGACGGAAGACAAGUUGUUACCCAUCACUAUUGGACCGAAUCUUGAUCUUUAAUUUCAACAGUCUGAGUUUGCUGUUCAAAGCCAGACUCCAAGAAAGCCAAGUUAUUAAGACUUGUGGUACCCCAACCAGCGGACGAUUGAGUGUGAAUAUAAUAUCAACUGAAGUGUUCAGAUUUAAGACAGAAUGGAAAGCGUUGGAUGCCUGUGUAUUCUGGAUUUUAAACCUACCAGUUUAAAUGGAUCUUAUCUUGCCUCACUGACCUGCUAUUUACCUGCGUGAAAACUAAAAACGUGUGCCGUUUCUUAAAUUGCAACCGAUUGUGUUGUGUGAGGAUUAGAUAUCUUUAAUUCUGUGCCCCUAGAUUCUACUUCAUUUUUCUUUGGAGGCCAGUCUGAAAACAUAAAAAAAUAUAUCUAACCUAGAUCUAGAUCUAGAUUCUGUGUCUGGUUUUACUCUCACCUUUAGCCUAGCCUGUGGCUCUGCUAAGGCUGAAGUCUUGAGUCAUUACUCAUCAACUCAUCUUUAUCUAGACCAGAUUUCUAGUGAUUAAGGCAUUCGAGGAGUGGAGUGUCAGUUGACUGGGGCAAGUUUACAAGUUUACAUCUCAGCAAAAUGGCUUCACAAAUUAAAGAGAGUGCGAGUUGCGAGUUUGUGGAUAGUGAUGUCAUCGAAAUCGUUUCUGCUGAUGAGUAUGAUGCGCACAGGG